CCACUGAAGCAACCCCCAUGUCCUCCAUCCUCGCCAAGGGCCGCCUCGUCCUCUUGCUAGGAGCCAUAAUCGAAGAAACACAAUCCUCUCCGGCCCCCAAGCCUCCUACGACACAACCAUGAAAUGGGGCGCCCGCAUCCGCUCUGCGCGCAUGACCAUGGAACCACACCUCCGCUUCCGACCCCUCGAAGACUCGGCUCUAGACCCCUCCUCGCUCAUCCUCCAGCGCUUCUACAUCGAAGUCCUCCACCAGAAAACCAUCUGCGUCCUCCACCGCCGCUUCAUCGCGCGCGCUCGCACGAAUCCGCGGUACGCGUACUCGCGCCGCGCGUCCGUAGAUGCCGCUAUGGCACUCCUCCGUAUCCAAGCUACGCUGCACCGCGAGGCGCAACCAGGCGGCCGGAUCAGCGAGGUGAUGUGGCGGCUGACUGCGUUACAAAAGCACGAUUUCGUCCUCGGCGCCAUGAUCGUCUCCCUCGAUCUCAACCACGACCGCGGUGGCGGCUCCCACACCUUCUGGACCGCCGAGCAACGCGCCGACAUGUUAUCAUCCCUCGAAACCGCGCUGGCGAUCUGGGAGGGCGACCAGGCGACUAGUAUGGAAGCGUACAAGGGCGCCAAGGUUCUGCGGAUUAUGGUUGAUAAGCUCAAAGCGCAGCAGAGUGAGGUGAACCAGGAGGUGGAUGAGGAGAUGCAUCCGGAGCACUCGGCGACGAUGACGCUGGGGAUGCUGUCGAGUGGGGGUGGCGGCGCCGCCGGCGUUUGUGGCGCCGAGUCCGGGGAGGUGGGGGAGGGGUAUGGAGGGCCUAUGGAGGGGGUGGCGGGGGGGAGUUGGGCCGCUUGGGACAAAUACGUCCAGAUGGGCAGCGCUGUCGACCCUAACCCGCCGUACUUUCCGGGAGUGUAUGAUGCCAAUGCGCUGGAGAUGCAGAUGGAUCCCGCGUCCGGGACGGGCUUCGGCGACGGCUUCUUCAUGGGGGCGCAUACCCCCGCAGUAGUCCUCGCAAGCAGCGCAGUCGUCGUAGGCGCAGGCGCGCUCGACGAGGGGAGAAGCGGCGGAGGUGUCGACCGGGGGGGCAAGGACGGUGGUGAGGACAGCGGAGGGGCCGAGGAGGAUGGUGGUGAACUGCAUGUUGCUGUUGGAGCUUGGAGUUUGGAGAUAGUAGUCACCACCCUCUCCCAAUCCCUCAUCACCAUCUCCCGCACCGUCAUCAUCGGGACCCCCCAAACCUGCACCCCCACCACCAUCACCGUCUUCCACACCACAACCUACACCCGCCUCCACCACACCAUCACCAGCACAAUCAUCUCCCUCUCCCAAGCCCCCCACAGCUGCUACACCGCCACCGAAGUAGCCAGCAUCGCGUACUGCCCUCUCUUCAACUCGGCGACCUGUGGGCCGUACCCAGAUUGCAUUGUUUGGAGACGGAGACGGUGCCGUGUAAGGAUGCAUGUUGUCAGAGUACGCCGACGGUGACGGUGGCGAGGUGUCUGACGUGUCAGACGGGGUGUGCGACGGUGGUGGAGACGGUGACGUGUAGUGAGCCGGAGGGCCGCUGACGGGGCCGAUUUCUAUUACGCUUUCGUAGGGGGAGGGGGGUUGCAGGUUG